AUGCCCUCCUCCACCUCCUUUGUCUCCUCCUUCAUGUCGUCUUCCAGCUCCAUCCGCUCAGCGCUGCGUGGCCGCUCCGUUGCUAUACCACUGAUCGGGUGCCCGGAUUGCGGCGAGCAGGUGAGGUUCUACCGGUCUAGCACCGAUGAGCACGAUGUAUGGAUCUUCUACAAGUGCGUGAACCACCAUUUCACUUGUGGUUUCUGGUAUUGGGAGCUUGAGUAUGUGCAGCAUCUGGUUGAAACAAGGCGUCUGGUUGGUGAUGUUGUUGUAGAUGCAAUUGGUGCAACUGAGGACAAGAGGGAAGAUCUUGAGAAGCAGAGGACUGAAUCAAUGGCAGGCAGAGGCACAGCUGGAAGGGUCAUGGUUGGGAGAGGCAGGGCUGGAAGAGAUAAUUAUGGCAGCUCCAGUGAGAAUAAGUAUGCUACCAAGCAGCAAAUGGCUAUGCUUAUAGGCUUUGGUCCACCACCAGUCCACCACCACCACCAGAUCCCCUUCUUCUUCCUCAUCUUUCAUCUUCAACUUCGUGCGCCACCAGUUCCCAUCUCUCCUCUGUCCAACAGAUCCCCUUGUCAUCUUCAGCUAGCAGAAACCAUGGUGUCCUGGGAUGAUCUUCCCAGUUCUUCUGAAGAUGACUCUGUGACCAGCAAGCCACCUACCACAAUAUCCUGUGAGGAAUGGAGUGGCUUGGCUAUAGAUCUACCUAGCUUUAGAUGUGGGCAUGGAUCUUUGUGUGAGAAGAAUGUGGCAUUUGAAUCUGUUGACACUGGCAGAAGGUUUCUAGCUUGUGCACAGAAGGUUCUUGAAGAGAAGAAUAAGAUGGAAAAUGAGUUGAGGCAUUUCAAGCUUGAUUUUGCUAAGAUGGUGGCUGAGAAGGAGCAGGCAAUGAGCCAACUAGGCAGCACACAACUUACUCUGACUGAUCUAAAGGAAGAACUUAAGAAGAAGAAGAUUGCAGACAAGUCAGUAACCAACAUUCAUCAGGUAUUCAGGGUUAAAGCAGAGAAAGAGAGGGACCAAGGAGUGCAGGAGAGGGACCAAGUGACUCAAGAGAGGGAUGACUUGAAGCAUGAGAAAAGGAAGCUUGAGUACAUGAUUGGUGACCUAUUCAAACACAAAGAGGCCACCAAGGAGAAGAUAAGGAAGCUGAAGGGCAUGCUGAAUGAAUUUGAUUGA